AGAAAAGGAAAAACUACUUUAUCAAUUAGAACAACAGGAGAAAGAAUUUCUUGGCAUCGAUAACCAGAGUCAAGAUACAACCAUGUUUAGAAUUGAAUUUAAAACCACGAUGUCUAAGGAUUAUUACUUGAUAAAAGGCUGUCCAGAGACAUUCAUCCCAGCUGGAAAAUCGGUGACUAUAUUUGGUCAACUGCAGAAUAAACGGUGGAGAUGUGUCGUGGAGGAUGCUGAUUAUGCUAAUAAUGUUCGUUCCUCCAACGAACUAUUCGAUCCCUUCGUUGACGAAAAAAAGGACACAAGGACUUGUGAUGUAAGUCGGAAUAUAGUCCAAGAGAAAAAGGACAGCAGGUUCCUUCCCUGCUAUCCAUUGAUUGGAAGCCUUCCAUCGAGCGUUAUAGCUGACUUCAAUGAUAGAAUGAACUUAGAGAAUGAUGAUAGCAAAGCUUUAUAUUCUAAAGACCAUGACAUAGACGGAGACAUAGAAGACACGAGCAUAGAUAUAGACCAUUCUGACAUAGUCUUGUGUGAAUGUGGCCGACGUCUACCGUCAUCUCAUGAUGUACCCCCAAGGUUACCAUCAUGCUCCUUCUGUCAGUAUUGUACCUUCCCUAGUCCCAUUCAAACAAUCACCCCUGAACAUUUAGAGCAACUAAAUUUGCAAAGAUUUCCAUCCAUGUCUGCUGCACAUCUUCCUACUUUACCAGAAUCUCCCACAGAGUCAACUAUAGCCGAGUUGAACAUGGCUUUAGAAAGUCUGGCAAAACUUAGACCACGUUCGCGGCCUGCUUCAAGUGGAUCAGAUGGCAGCUGCCGUAAUUCUUGGACAUAUCGUUAAUUUAUCGUAUGUAUACAAAAGAACGUGGAUGAACAGUUACAAUGACUAUUAACAAUAGCUUCCUCAUGUAGGUCUUGGUCGUCAAAGACAAAGGCGACAUUACAAGUGGGCAUUACGAUAGACAGUCUGUGGACGAAACUGUAAAUGAAAUUUCUGUAAACGAAAGUUUUAUUGGCUUCGCAAAACUAACAAGCCAAUCAAACUUCGUGUACCAUCAGGCAUUCCACGUUUGACGUCAUUAUGAGAAGGGUCUAUUGUGGAAACACAUUACAUAUAAGGAGACAGUGGAAAACAUUCAUCCAUUUGUGAAAGGCUUUCUUUAUUUAAAAACCUGAACUACGUUUAGAUAUUAUCAGUAUUGAAAUAAUUGGCUUUCUUUG